AUGGUUCCUCGCCCCUCGCCCUCCUUCGGCGGUGACAUAGGAGUGGGCGGGAUUAGAGGGCCUCCCGCCGACCCUCCGUCCGCUCCGCCGCCGUGCAAGCUGCCUCGGCGCCCCCCGGACCUCUCCUCCCGCCUCGCCGCCGUGCUGCAAAACAUCAACCCGCCUCGCCCUGCGCCCUCCCCCUGGCCAUCCCUCCCCCGCUCGGCCACUCCGGGCCUUCCUUCUGCUGCCACGCCUGCUGCUCCCGCUGCAGUUCGGCCUGCAGCAAGCAGGGCGUCCGACGCCAACCCCCACAUUGUUGAAUUCGGACCGGAGAGGCCCCUGCGUUUGGAUGUGUCAGGCAUGCUGCCACGGCCCAUGAGUGGCGCGAGGGAGGGCAUGCUGAAGCAGCAGCUCAUGGCUCUCGCUGAAGCCAUGGCCGUUGAUGACUCGGUGCGGUGGCGGCAGUUCAUGCGGCAGGUGCGGAGGGAGGCGGCAGCAGGGGGGGACACGCUGCAGCGCAUCGCCUUCCACGCGCUCCAGGCGCUGCAGGCGCGCAUGGAUGGCACCGGGCUCACUCGCUGGCGCACCCCCUUGAAAGUAACCCUUCAGGUACUUGCCUUCCCCCCUCCCACCUUCCCCCCUCCCCACCUUUCCCCCUCCCCACCUUUCCCCCUCCCCACCUUCCCCACUCCCCACCUUCUCCCCCCUUACCCCCCUUCCCCCUUCUUCGAUGCAUGCCAUGCCACGUGUGUCCCAUGCAUGCCACGUGUCCCAUGCAUGCCACGUGUCCCAUGCAUGCCACGUGUCCCAUGUGAGCAGGAUUCGUUGGCAGCGAUGGGUCACGGCAACGAGCAUGGGAUGCCGGCAUUCAUGCACCUCGCCAACACUGCAGCCGUGCAUGAAAUCGUUCACGCAUUCACCCGCCAGCCACAUGCUCACGCACGCACGCACCCACAUGCACACGCACACGGCCAUGCUCCCCAUUCUGCUGCCACCCUCCCACACAACCCGCACCCGCCUGCUCUUUUCCCGGCCUCUGCUCCGGCCUCUGCAAGCCAGUCUGUGCGGCGGCGGCGGCUGCACAUCAUAGCCAUUGGGUUUUACGGCGGGCCGCACUGGAUCAACAUCCUCAUGCGCCUCGCCGCCCACUUCUCCACUCCCCCGCUCCUCCCCGCCUCUGCUGCCGCCGACAAUGACCUUCCGCCAAGUGGGAUCCCCACAAACCCCCCCACACCUCUUUCACAUGCUGCUCCCCCGCCCCGCCCAAUGGCCCACGUGAAAAUCACAGCCGUUGACUUCGGGGUCGUCAAAGUGGAGGAAUAUCCAACGGGCCUGGUGCAUCUGGGGGGAAAGUACCUGGAGCAGGUGGCAUCUAUGCUCGGCCUCUCUCUCACCUUCCAUGGCAUAGAAACCACGCCACACGAAUUCCACCCAUCACAAGUGGAGGUGGAUGAAGGGGAGGAGGUGGUGGUGCUGGCCAAUUGGGGCCUCAUGGUCUUUCCAGACGACACAGUGCUUCGCUCCAACCCCCGCAAUGCGAUUCUCAAGUGGAUUCGCGACCUGCGCCCACUGCUUUUACUCCAGGUGGAUAUAGACCUCGAUGCCAACGGGCCCUUCUUCCUCUCGCGCUUCCACGCCGCAUUCGCCAACUUUGCUGCGUUCGUCGAGUCCUUUGAUGCUUCCAUGCCGCACGCCGCCACGCCACGCUUCGCGGUCGAAAGCAUCCUUGCACACGACUUUAUAAAUGGGGUCGCAUGCGAGGGCAUGAACAGAUGGCUGCGGUCAGAGCGGCUCGAGAAAUGGGUGCAUCGGAUGAGAACGGUGGGGCUGGAGCCGGUGCCGCUAGGGCCGGACACGGUGGCGGCUGGGAAGCAGAUCACAGAGGGGAAGGACAAGCGGUUCAGAACUCUUGCGCUUGAUGUUGGCAUUUUUGUGUGCAGCUUCCCUCCCUCCUGA